AUGUCUAAUGUACUCGAUAUAAGUAAAACCUAUAUUAUCAGUUCGUUGUCAAUGUUUUAUGAUAAAUGCAAAGUUGAGUAUGAAAAUGUAUGUGUUAAUACUAGAAAUAGAUCUAUUCCCUUACCAAAGAUAAAUAAAAAAAUUGCUAGCAAGAGUGCUAGAUACACUGCUAUUAAAUACUUUAAUAAACUACCCAAUAAUUUAAAGUGUUUGAAAGCAUGUUUUAAAAUACAAUCAUCCAUAACCAAAUUAGAAGCUGUGUUUUCCAUCAGUAAGAUGGCCAAUAAAUUACUAACUGGAAAGAGCAGACUUAUUAAAACGUUUAACUUAGGUUUGUCCCGGUCGGCGGAUGGUGUUUCAGGUGAAAAUUUACUGGCAAUACCACCAGUUAAUAAAACCGUUAUGGAAGGAGAAAUUGUUGAGUUUCAGUGUGUUACCAAAAUUCCGAACAUGAUCGUCACUUGGUUACGAGAUGGCAUUGAGAUCCCGGAAGUAGAGGAUCUCAGAGAUCGUGCUUCUGUUGACGAUAACGGAACACUUAUUAUAAGACCAUCAGCGAUUGGCGAUUUGGGCGAAUAUACCUGCAUAGUAACAGAUAAUGUCGGAGAUCAACAAUCAGCAUCAGCUUUUCUCAACGUUCAAUAUAAAGCAAAGGUUAUUUAUGCUCCGAGAGAGGUAUUUUUGCCGUAUGGAAAGCCAGCUCUGUUGGACUGUCAUUUCCGAGCAAAUCCUCCGCUCACUAACUUACGAUGGGAGAAAGACGGAUUCCUGUUUGAUCCUUACAAUGUUCCAGGUGUUUUUUACAGGAGAAAUGGGUCUUUAUACUUUAGCAAAGUCGAUGAAACACAUUCUGGAAGCUAUAGCUGUACUCCUUAUAACGAACUUGGUACUGAUGGACCUAGUCCAUCUAUUUCAGUGGUAGUUCAAAGACCACCCGUAUUUACAGUGACUCCGCAACGUUUAUACAUGAGAAAACUUGGCGAAAGCUUGGAAAUACCUUGCGAUGCUCGAGAUGGUGAUCAGUCUCAACCACCCACAAUCGUCUGGUUUAAAGACGGGUCACCACUCUCACAGGAACGGGCUAUUCUCAAUGGCGGAAAUUUGACGAUCGAACGGAUUCAAGAGCAAGAUCGGGGACUUUAUCAGUGUGCUGCUAGUAAUGAAGCAGCUACUGUAGUCGCUGAUGCUGAACUAAUGGUUUUGAAUGUUCCUCCACGUGCUCCUUACAAUCUUAAUGCUAACACGAGCAAAGACUCGGUUACUCUCACUUGGGUUCCUGGAUAUGUCAGGCCGAAAAUGGAGUACGCAGUUUGGUAUAGACCUACUGAUACCACUGAGUGGAAGACAAUGAAAAUCCCAUCGAAGAAAAUCACAGAAGCCACUAUUCUUAAUCUUACACCAGGGCGCGAAUAUGAAUUUAUGGUACUCAGUCAAGAUAAACAUGGAGAUGGUAUGUUCAGCAAGUCUAUUCGAGUUUUAACGCAAAACAAAAAUGGACAACUGAAUCGGAAUUUAGCAUCAGAAUUCAAGAGUACUCAAGAAAGUUUAGAGCCCCCACAAAAUCUAAAAGUCCAAGUAACUGCUGAAGGGUAUUUAGUAACGUGGGAUCCACCUUCGAACGCAAAUAUCAAACUCUAUGUUGUAAGAUGGUUUCGAGGGUCAACUGAUGAGCAUUUACACGGCAGAGCUGAAACUACAGACACAUUCUAUUUAAUUAAAAGUUUAGAAGAGGAAAGUAGUUACAUUUUUGAAGUAUCGGCAAUGUCACAGUCCGACGAUGUAGCAACUAGCGAACAAUUUACACUAGAAGUACCAGCUUACCGAAGGAAUCGAGCUAUUUCCAUGGGGAUCGUAGCAGGAGUCGGAUUUCUAGCUGCUUCAUUGGCUGCGAUUUGGUGGUCACGAAAACGAUUUUGUCAACCGACAAUGAAUAAAUAA